AUGGACUCGACACCGCGAAAGGCGCAGCAAGACAAACGUCGACGUCAGCAACGAAAAGCAUGUGACAUAUGCCGUCGUCGCAAGGUCCGAUGUGAUAUCGUGGACCGACCAUCGGGGCCUUGCUCAGUCUGUGAAAAAUCAGGCUUGGAAUGCCGAUCAAAAUGGACGGACGAGAGACGAAGUUCGGUUUUAUCUAGACAUUCUCUGAACGAUAGAGCAGCAAGUCAUUCACCCGGAAUAUCUCAUCCGGAUCCGGAGCCCGGAGCCGUGCAAGGUCGGAACACCAAUACUGAUACUCGUCUUUCUGUAAUCGGACCCGAUCAGAACUCAUCUCAACAACAAAAAGACAAGACGCAAAAUCUCCCCCAGCCAGAUGGCCAAGAGAAACUCGCUCGAGAAGGUUUAGCUCGUUUCUUCAAACAUGGCAUUGGUGCAGCAGCAUGGGCUGUCUUUGCCUCUACCAAAAGCUUCCGCAUUGCCUACGUCGGAACAGCCGUGUCGAAUCUAGUACACCUCGUUGAUUUGCACAGAUCCUUCAGACAGCCUUAUUCUUCUAUCCUGGGAGAGAUCUCUGGACCUACGGGUCCUGAUACCCAUGGCUCGUUUGCGGAUUCUGCGGCCGAUGGAAGUUCCACGAGUGAUAGGACUGGUGGUGGUAAACAGCUACAUUACCCUUAUCCUCCCAUCAGGCAGGCACACUCUUGGAAGCCUACACCAAGUUCGUGGGGCAUGUCUCAGGAUCUCGUCACGGAAGUAUCAUCCUUUCCCGCUCAAGAGGUUCGCGAUGCUCUGAUCACAGCAUACUUUGAGCACAUCCACCCUUUCCUCCCUAUCGUGUCUAAGCCAGAAUUUCUUGCUAGAUAUCGCACUCCUGAUAACCCUCCACCACUACUCCUGUUCCAAUCAGUUCUUAUGGCCGGCGCUCACGCUUGCUCUCAUCCCCUCGUUGCGAAUGAUCGUCACGCUGUGCAGAAUAUCCUGUUCCGAAGAGCAAGCAUGCUGUAUCACAUGCGCCACGAAUCAGACAGAAUGCAUCUCUUACAGGCCGCAGCACUAUUCACAUGGCACAUCGGUGAUGGGGAUACAGUCGCUGGAGGACCUUGGUACUGGGCUGGCAUAGCAGUACGUAUAGGAACAGGUCUCGGUGCACAUAGAAAGAGCUCGCAACUACCAGCUGCUGAGAUGGCUCAGUAUCGACGAUGUUGGUGGUCUGCCUUCUUCUGUGAGGUUUUCUCUGCUCUGGAAACGGGAAGGCCUUGUGCAGUGAGGGCCGAGGAUAUCGAUCAAAUACCGCUUCGGCAAGAGGACAUGGCUGAUACAGCAACCACCGAUCCUUCGAUGGUCGAGACACCAGGGGUGAACCCGGAUUUUCUAAAUCAUCUCGUCGAUCUAGCCUACAUUGGCUUGGACGUCAUUGCUCUCAACGCCCCGGCAAGAGAUCGCAUGAUAGACAUUUCGUCAAUCGAUGCACGGCUCGGUCUCUGGUCUCUAAGGUCAGGUAUCUCGACAGUCGCUGAGGACGAUGACUCAUGGACAUGUCAUCUACGCAUGCAUUACAACCUGCUCCUCCUCCAUCUCCAUCGCAACCUCCCUUCACCGAGCUCCUCAUCAAUAUGUUCCGCCGCUGCCCAAGCAAUCGUAACAUCCCUUGAAAAACUUUCAGCACGGGAUGAACUGUGCCAAUGUCACUUUACAUCCGUCAGUGCUAUAACAGCAGCAGGUAUCCAAUUUGCAGGAGAAAUACGCGCAGCAGUAACAUCGCAAACAUUUCUCGUUGCUAUCAACGCGUUGGAGAGGCUAUCGAGACUUUUACGAUGUACCAUCUUGCUUGCGAGACACUGGCCCAACGCCGAGGCUGUACAUAGUGUCUUUGAGGAACUACAUCGCGAGUAUGAGACUCUAGUUUCGCAGCGGCUACAGGGUGAGCAGGUCAUGGUUCCGGAGAGUCCGCCGGAUUGGAACCGGUUGCUUGGGGCGGAGGGUGUGCACCAGUUUAACAGUUUUACUUCGGAUCAGGACUGGAUGAAUAUAAAUAGCUGGACUGAUUUGCUGUGA